GUGAUCCUCAGAAACACGUGCUCAAUUAUCACAUGAACAGAGUUCGGGUUCUGUUCGUGAUGUUUCCGCUUUAAUUUGGGAAGCUGUGUGACUAACGUGUAGCAGGUGCCAUGCGGUUUCCUCAGAAAUGAGUCAUGAACGCUUGUUGUUCAGAGUGAGUUUGGGAAGUUGAUGAAUCCCGCAUGAAUAUUUAAUUGGAAAGCGGAUGCGCCUUUAAUUGUCUGUGUGCUUGAGUUGGACCCGCUUGACAAUGGAGAUGAUCGACACCUGCAAACCCAAAGCACGCUCAUCAGAGCAGAACCAGAGCCCUGACUCACGCGCAGAUCUCUAUAAACAGCACGAGUCAUUUAUUUAAACAACAGAGGGAAUUUCAACCUAUUUAUGCUAAGUUAACAAGAUGCCCCCGGCGAAGCCGCAUCCAGAUCGCAGAGGGGGCUGUGCAAAAACCGAGGAGGAGGAAGCCGCGAGCUCGGACUCGGAGCCGAGCGCGUGUCACGGCGCAGGGGUAUGCAAAUGGUUUAACGUGCGAAUGGGUUUCGGCUUCCUGUCCAUGACCCAUCGGGAGGGCAUCUCUCUGGACUCUCCUGUGGAUGUGUUCGUUCACCAGAGCAAGCUUCAUAUGGAGGGCUUUCGCAGUCUGAAGGAAGGUGAAGCGGUGGAGUUCACAUUUAAAAGGUCUUCCAAGGGUCUGGAGUCUCUACGGGUAACGGGGCCAGGUGGCGCACCAUGCAUAGGCAGCGAGAAGAAACCCAAAGGUGCCCAAAAGCGACGUUCAAAAGGAGACCGAUGCUUCAACUGUGGGGGGCCCAACCAUCACGCCAAAGAAUGCCAGCUGCCGCCUCAGCCAAAAAAGUGCCAUUUUUGCCAAAGCAUCUCCCACAUGGUGGCCAACUGUCCAAUCAAAGCACAGCAGUUGUCACCAGUUUCUCAGGGAAAAUCGACAACCUCGACAGCAGGAGAAGAGGAGGACAUGAGCCACACCUCCUUUCCUCCAGAGAGCGCAGAUUAGAUGAGGGGCGGGGAAACAUUAAGAGCCAAUCAAGAUCCUCUUUUUGGGGUGCUGCUUUAGAAAAUAACUCAGGUUUUGAAACAGCAGAAAUGAAUGUCGCCAGUAAGAAAACUCUGAUGAGUAUCAUAUAUUUUAUCAUAUCAUAUAUCCUAUUCUAAUUUUUAUUAUUAUUAUUUUUUAUUAUUUGUGACCAUCACUGUAAAACUGUUUGUAUUUCAAAUUGAAGCCACACACGUGUAUGAAACUGAAGUUUGUUUUUGAGAACAUUGUGCUCAUAUGUCACCCUAAUGGCAAUGCAAAGGAUAUUAACAAUGAAUUUUCUUUAAGCAAUAUAUUUUUAAUUCUUUUGAAUUUAAGAUGAAAUGUACUGCGUGUGCUAAAAAAAUCGGUGUUAUUAUUUUCUGCCUUAGCUAGUAAAGUGUCUUAGAUUUGUACCGAAACAAUCAAACACAUGUUUACAAAUUGCAAUAUGCCUGGUUUUGCCUGGAUGGGUGAAAUGUGUCUAUUUUACUGUGCACAUUAUCUUUAUUUUUGCAAAUAAUAGAAACCAUAUUGUCAUCCGUUGGUAUACUUAAGAAGCAAAAAACAUCCACUUUUCCUGCUUGUUUUCUGAGAGUAUUUCUAAAGAUUUAGUUUUUCAACACUGUCAGAAAAAAUGGCCUGUAGCUGUCACUGGGGUGGUACAGUUUUAAAAAGUACACAUUUGCAUAUAUCAGUACGUUAGAGUACAUAAUAAUGGUACAUAUAAGGACAUUUUAAGGGUAGUGCCCUAGUAACAGCUUUGGACCAUUUCUUGACCAUUUUCAAAUACAAAUGUUAUUGGGCCAAAUGAAUGUUAAACGAUUGUGAUUGUGUGUAAACCUCUGCCUUUGUCAGUUAGUCAGACUGAACUAGUUAGUACCCAUGCUUUGUGAUUGUAAAAGAAGGCUUGCUUUCGUUUUAAAAUCUGGGAAAUUCUUGAAAACUUCCUGCAGGGAUCUACCAUAUUCCCAACUGGUACUUAAAAACUGAGAGCCAGAACAAUAGCACAUGUUUUAUGAUAAUCUUUUUCUUUUUGUUAAGAGACAUUUUUUAUUUUCUUAUAAGAUUUUUAUGGGACAUAACUGAUAUGGCAAAGCUUACUCCACUUGUAGAGGAUGUGUUGAGUGACUUGAACUUACUUUAUUGUAAAUAACUACUAUAAUCUUUGUAAGCCACUGUUAUUUAUUUUUAGCCGCCCAAGCUAUCCUCAGGUCAAAUCUGUUAUGUUUAGAUUCUAGUAGUAGAUGUGAAUUGAUAGUUUAAUGGGGGCAUUAGAGUGGAUUUGCAUUGUUUAACCAGUAGACUAAUUUAUUUACCAACAUUCACUGGCUUCUAUAUCACAGUAUUUUAAUUAUAUGUUAUGAUUUAGGCUUAAGUUCUCAAAUGCUUGAAAAAAGUAUCUAGUGUUUGCUGAAAUAAGCAGAAUGAAUGGAAACACUCAGCAGAGAAGUUUAAUACAAUGCAAACCUUACGAGGUAGUGGUUUAACUUUGGAAGGGUAAGUUUAAAAAUCAAUGGAAAUAGUGGUUUAAUAGUGAUCAAAAUACUGCACAUGGUGAUCAGAAAUUUUGAAUGUUACUGAUGUUCAAUCACCUAAAACUACAAGUAGGUUUGUCUUGUCCCCCAAUGUUUUCUUAUCUUAUUGCAUGAUUGUAGGUUUUAAAGUAGAAUAGAGUAGUCACAUAUGGAGAUGGGUGUAUGGGUCUCGCCUCAAAAAUGAUGUUUUCGGAGGGCAUGAGGGUUUCUUUCUCAUUGUAAUUGUAAAACUAUCAUCAUGGGACUAGAGCCUUGUUUUUAUGACCAGCCCCUUUUGAAUUAUAUCUCAUUAUUGUAUAUUCCAUUAUCAUUUACAUUGUAUCGUAUUGUGUGUUUUCGUCUUAAUUUUAUUUAAAGAGAGAACAAGAUCGCUUGUUUUGAAUCUAUACAGAUCUACCUCAGGGUGUGUAGAAA